AUGCAGACUACUUCCACUGUCAUCCUCAGCUUCCUUGCUGGCCACGCGCUCGGCGCUCCCGCUGAGGCGUCGACCUCUCGCCUGCACUCCCGCGACAAGGUUGCGCCCUGGGGCGGAGCCGUCCUCGGGGGCAAGGGCUGGAACUACGUGACGGGCGUGCUCACCGUCCCCAAGAUCAGCGGCAAGGGCUCGGACGCGUCCGCUUCCAUCUGGGUGGGCAUCGACGGCAAAUCGUGCGACUCGGCGAUCCUUCAGACGGGCAUCACCGUCUUCGGCGACGGCAGCAUGCACACCUGGACCGAGUGGUGGAAGCAAAAUGAGGAGGCGUACCCCACGUCUAUCAAGGUCGCCGCCGGCGACCGGCUGCGCAUGACGGUACACGCGACCUCGACGACCUCGGGCAACACCACCAUCGAGAACCUGACGCAGGGCGGCUCGCAGACCAAGACCUUCUCGGGCGUGACCAAGUACCCGCUGUGCCAGACGGACGCUGAGUGGAUCAUCGAGGACUAUUUUCACAACGACAAGAGGGUCCCCUUUGUCGACUUUGGCAAGAUCUCGUUCACCGACGCGUACGCGCAGACCGCCGACGGCACCAAGCACACCCCGCAGGGCGCGACCAUCCUCAACGUCAAUGUCAACGGCUCGGACAAGACCAAGUGCUCCUCGGACAGCAAGGGCGCCUACUGCUCGUACGUUUCCUAA